AUGUCGGGGAUUGACUACUCAAAAUGGGAUAAACUCUCUGACAGCAGUGCGUCAGAUAAUGAUGAUAAUGAUAAUAAUUAUGAUAAUAAUGAAGGGAAAGUAACAGGAGACCCGAGAGUCACUCAGCUUCAAUACCCAUCACGUGUUACCAUUGGACCAGAUGGAAUUCAUAUGGAGACAAUGCCCCCAAAGGCAACAGUUUCCCCGUUUGGUAAAACAAAUGCUACUACUACUACUACUGUGCCAGUGCAGUCAUCUGCAAUAAAGACUUCCCAAGAUGUGUAUAAGAAUGAACAAGAGGAAGAAGAUGAGAUGAUGUAUUUUAAUCUCACUCGAAACGGUGGGUGUGAAGGAGAUUCACAUCUUUGGUCACAAACACGAGAUACAGCCACAGUGAGUUUUAUUUUACCCACAAUGGAGACAAAAGCAAAGGAUAUUUGUAAUUUUCGCUUAAUAGCUGAGGAACAACAGGACCGAACCUCUGUUUGUGUACUCAGUUUUAGUUUAAGAGGUAUAGAAGGCGAACGACGAUAUGUUUUUCGAUACCCAGUAAAAGUUGAUGAGGAUAUUGUGGAUGGAUGUUGGCAGCUGCACUCACUUCCGACAAGGUCUCUGCGUCUUUUGAUAGUACAAUUGGUGAAGGAACCAGUGGCGAUGGGAAUGUCGCUUUGGUGGGAUAAAUGCUUCGUUACUGAUCAGACAGUUAUUGAUACGAGAAAGAUUGCGGAUAGAAACAAUGGGGCAGCUGCACGUGCAGAAGAAUUUAAAAAGGUCUGGGAUCAAGCUCAUGAGGAAUUCAAGAAACGGAUAGAUGAACGACAGCAGAAACCAAUUAUAAUUGAUAAUGAGGAGGAAGAGGAGGGUGAAGGUGAGGAGGAUGGCAAACGGUAA